AUGGAUAUUUCUAACUUACCCCCUCACAUAAGACAACAAAUAUUAGGUUUAAUUAGUAAACCACAACAAAAUAAUGAUGAAAGUAGUAGCAGUAACAACAAAAACAAUUUAAUAAAUAAUGAAAAAGUUUCAAAUGUUCUAAUUGAUUUAACCAGUAAUUUAAAAAUAGAAAAUUUUAAAAUCUUCAACAAAGAAUCAUUAAAUCAAUUAGAAAAAAAAGGUUAUUUAAUAAUUGAUAAUUUUUUAAAUGAUUUAAAUAAAAUAAAUUUAAUUUAUGAUGAAUCAUACAAUCAAUUUAAAGAAAAUAAAUUAAUAGAAGCAGGUAUGAACAAAGGUACAGAUAAAUGGAAAGAUAAAUCAAUUAGAGGUGAUUAUAUUCAAUGGAUACAUAGAGAUUCAAAUAGUAGAAUUCAAGAUAAAGAUUUAUCAUCAACAAUUCGAAAUAUUAAUUAUUUAUUAGAUAAAUUAGAUUUAAUAAAAAAUGAAUUUGAUAAUGUUAUACCAAAUUUUAAUUCAAUUAAAACUCAAACACAAUUAGCAGUUUAUUUAAAUGGUGGUAGAUAUAUUAAACAUAGAGAUUCAUUUUAUUCCUCAGAAUCAUUAACAAUAUCAAGAAGAAUUACAAUGAUUUAUUAUGUUAAUAAAGAUUGGAAGAAAGGUGAUGGUGGAGAAUUAAGAUUAUAUACUAAUAAUCCAAAUAAUACAAAUCAAAAAGAAUUAAAACAGACUGAAGAAUUUAUAGAUAUUGAACCAAUAGCUGAUAGAUUAUUAAUAUUUUUAAGUCCAUUUUUAGAACAUGAAGUUUUACAAUGUAAUUUUGAACCAAGAAUUGCAAUUACAACUUGGAUUUAUUAA